UCUCAUGGAGACUCCGAAACGCAAAUCAAAGUACCAGCUCGUGGCCCCCGACGGGGGCUGGGGGUACGUCGUGGCCGCCGCCCUCACCCUCAUGACCAGUGUGACAAUCAUCCCGAUGUCGUCAUUCGGGUUGAUUUUCGGCCGGUUUUUGGCCAAAAUCGGCGACGAAACCACGGGUACAACCCUCGCCAACGGCAUCUUCAACACCUGCUUCAACAUCACGGGGUUGGCCUCCAACAACCUCCUCCAGAAGUACACCUACAGAACGGUGGCUUUGGUCGGGGCCUCGGUCUACUUCGUGGGGAGUUUCGCGACGAUUUUCGUGACGACUCUCCCGCAAAUGGUGCUGUCGUUCGGGGUCAUCCAGGGGCUGGGGAUGGGGCUCAUGGUCCCCGCGUUCUUCACGGCGCUGAACUCUUACUUCGACCGGAAAUUGAACAUCGUGAACGCCGCAGCGCAGGCGUUUAUGGUCGUCGCCGGGAUGUGUUUCCCCUUCGUGGGGCAGUUUUUUAUGGAGAAAUUCGGGUUUAGAGGCACCGUGGCCAUGCUUUCCGGGUUGAGUAUCCACGGGGUUUUGGCCGCGUGCACCCUGCAACCCGUCGAGUGGCAUUUGAGGAAACAGGAAAUUACUUUCGAAAAAGAGGAACUCCUAGGGCUUGAUGAUGGCAAAUUUAUCAUGCCGAAACCUCGAGCCUCCAUCAUAAGCCUCGGCGAUAGGGCCCUCUCUGUGACAACAAUCAACAAAUCGCCCGGAAAAAAGACAAACUUCUUGCAAAAUUUGGCCAAGUCGAUGGAUUUAGGGAUGUUCAAGGAUCCUGUCUACGUGAACAUUGCCCUGGGAUUAGCUCUGGGAUUCACCGCCGAUGUGGCCUUCAUCUCGAUAAUCCCUCUCGUGCUCAUCAACGCGGGAUUCAACUCCCACGAAACGGCUUUCUUCAUGUCGGUUUUCUUCGCCGCUGAUUUACUCGCCCGGAUUUUUCUCACUGUCAUAAGCGCCCUUACGAAAAUCAAAAAUCGGUACUAUUUCCUCACAGGAUCGGCCCUUUUGGUGGUUUUCCGGACGGCUUUUGUCUCCCGAAACGAUUACUACUGGAAGUUGGCAACAGUGGCUUGUGUGGGAUUUCUGAGGGCCUUUAUACAAACUCCUCUCCCUGUUGUGAUUUCAGAGCAGUACUCGGAGAAUUUCUCGACGGCAUUUUCACUCUACAUGGUUGUGUGUGGAGUCGUUUGUUUCAUUUUCGGGCCUUUGAUGAGUUUUGUGAAAAAAGUGACACAAAGCGACGUCAUGGUCGUCCAUUUGUUGAGCCUCGCUUAUCUAACAUGUGUCGUAACUUGGAUCAUCGAACUGAUAAUUAAGAAACUGAGAAAAAAACAGGAACCAAAAAAUAAACCCCAACUUAAAUAGGACUCUUUUAUAUAAAACCAUUAAUACAUUUUGGAUUAUUGCUACUUUAAAUCAUAAAACUAUGUACAAGUAGAACUUAAGUAUUUUCAUGGAACACUAUACUCACAGAUUCAGUCUCAUUAAACCUAAUCGUAUCACA